CAAAAGUUCAAUUUCAAGUCGUCCGAUUUGUUGUCAUCCCACAGCAAAAAAAUUUCAUCACCAUUUUACAAUGAAAUUCGAACUUAAACUCGCAUGCAUUUAUUCUUUAGUGAACAUGUACUCUCUGUUUGGAAUGCCGCUCUUCAUAUGGGUCGGCCUAGCUGCGUGCCCGAUCGCUUUAUGCAUGUUCGUCGGAUCUACUACAAAUCGAAUACCUUUCUUUCAUCAGUAUCUUUCAAUUUUGAGCGUUGCCGGUUCGAUAUUCGUUGUACGCGUUUGUUGCGCUGAGGCCUUCAAUGCGCUCGUAGUACUCAGCAUCUUUACUGGCUUGAGUAGUUCUUUCGUUGGCGUCACGCUUCUGACAUGGGCUAAUAGCAUUGGCGAUUUAAUUGCCAAUCAAUACUUGGCUCGUCAAGGCUAUCAAAAUAUGGCGCUAGCUGCAUGCUUCGGUGGACCUAUAUUUAAUUCACUGCUUGCGGUUGGUUCUACUCUACUAUACAAAACAUUGACAGAGGAUAACUUCCUACUAAAGGAAUUCGGUUCCGGAAUAAUGGGCGAGAAUGCUACUAUCUUUCUCAUUAUCAGCAUUUUUAUCAUAUUGUUGGGCGCUUUAACUACAGAUUUCUUCUUUCGUCCCAGUUUUGGGAUAUAUACUAUUAUAAUGUAUUUUUUAUUUUUCUUUUACAAUAUUCUAGGCGAAUUCGAUAUUAUACAUCCAUAUGGCACUGAUCAUAGAAUGGAUCAACGUAUUGAAUCGGAACUGUGAUCGUAGUAAGAAUGUAUGUACUUAUAAAAUAAAAGAAAAUAAAAUGUUA